AUCCUACUCACCUUCCUCGAUGUGUGUCAUUUUCAAAACUCCAAAACCUCUCUCUUGCCUGGUGGGGCACCGAGGGGACGUGGGGCGUUCUCUGCCCUCUCCAAUUUGCAGACAAAGAUUGGACCUCUCAUAAUUCUCGGUUGUUGCGUUUGUCCCUUCUCUCUAUCUCUCUUCGCAGGUCGCUCCGCUGUAUCUCUUCUUCAUCUGCCCGCAAAAGCACUCCAGAGGUCCUCUCGGGAAAAGGAAUUUUGGCACGUUGAGAGAUAGCACGAGGCAUUCCACCUCGGGAAAGGGAUGAUUGGGGUUGGUCUACUGUGCCCGUUGAGAGAGAGAGAGUCAUUUGAUAAUUGCAGAGAGAGAGAGUCAUUUGAUAGUUGCAGAACAUGGUAGUCAUUUGAUAAUAACACACAAGACAGAGACCUGAGACACUAUAUAACCCAAGGGAGCGUUGCACAGUUUUAGAGAGAGUGGCAGUUCGAAAGAGGGAGGCUUGGGUUGCAAGCAAUCUUUUUCUUAACUAACUGUAUAGAGAGAGAGGCAUGGAGCGUUAUGAGUUGAUGAUGGAUAUUGGGUCGGGAAACUUUGGAGUAGCCAGACUUGUCAGAGAUAAGAAGACCGACGAGCUGUUCGCCGUCAAGUACAUAGACAGAGGCCAUAAGAUUGAUGAAAAUGUACGAAGGGAAAUCAUGAACCACCGAUCAUUAAGGCACCCCAAUAUAGUUCGAUUCAAAGAGGUCCUUUUGACACCUACUCAUCUGGCCAUAGUAAUGGAAUAUGCUGCUGGAGGUGAGCUGUUCGCGAGGAUAUGCAAUGCUGGCCGAUUUAGCGAGGACGAGGCACGGUUUUUCUUUCAACAACUAAUAUCAGGAGUCAGCUAUUGUCAUUCCAUGCAAAUAUGCCACAGGGACCUGAAGCUGGAAAAUGUACUCCUUGAUGGAAGCCCAGCUCCCCGCCUUAAAAUUUGUGAUUUUGGCUACUCUAAGUCUUCUGUUUUGCAUUCUCAACCUAAAUCGACAGUGGGUACACCAGCUUACAUUGCUCCAGAGGUUUUAGCAAGAAGAGAAUAUGAUGGCAAGAUUGCGGAUGUUUGGUCUUCUGGAGUAACUUUGUAUGUAAUGCUUGUUGGUACGUAUCCAUUUGAAGAUCCAGAGGACCCUAGAAACUUCCGGAAGACAAUUGGGAGAAUAUUGAGUGUCCACUAUAGCAUUCCUGACUAUGUUCGUGUAUCAAUAGAGUGCAGACAUCUCUUGUCCCGGAUAUUUAUCGCGAACCCUGAAAAGAGGAUCACUAUUCCUGAGAUAAAAAACCAUCCUUGGUUCCUUAAAAACUUGCCAAUAGAGUUGAUGGAAGGAGCUGAACUAAAUCAUCAAAUGGAUGAGCCUAACUCUCCUCAAAGCGUCGAAGAGAUAAUGAUGAUUAUCGAAGAAGCAAAAACGCCCGGCGAAGGUCCUAAGGUCAUUGGUGGCUUAUCCACUAUUGGUAGCAUGGACCUUGAUGACAUGGAUGCUGAUGAUGCCGAUGACUAUAUUGAGAGUAGUGGGGACUUUGUAUGUGAACUUUGAAUGUUGAAAGGCUAUACCCCUUAUGAUCCCAGGGCAAGAGGUUUGGCUUUCUUGGGAUAUCUAGCUUCUGCCAUCAUCGGCUAUUGAGGUUCUCGGCGAUGCAUACGACUUCAGGGUUGAGUUCCUUAUAAAUUGAAAUUGUGCAUUUUAGGAAAGAAAUGUUCAAGCAAGGAAUUGAAAACCUAUUGAAUGCUGUCAUUAGAAAGCACUAAAAUGUAAAUGACCCAAAACAUUAGUGGGUUUUGGCAUCAGGAAGCCUAAGAGGAAUGGGCAUGCUUGCUUUCUUGCUUGAUUAAGUAGGUGUAAAUGGUGGCUCAAGCAUCCAUCUUUUUCGUUAUUUUGUUAGAACUAGCACUUGAUCUCUCCUGCUUACCUCCUCUGUUUGCUGAUUUUUUAAAUAGUACCAUUCUUCCUGGUAUUUUUGUUGAC